AUGGCGAUGCUCCAUGAGCUUCAGACCAACAGCGAAGAGCUGCCGCCUGAUGAUGACGACGACAGUACAUCCGAUGGCGAAGAUACAAACGAAGAUCCCACAGAUCUUGCUGCAAACUCCGAUAUUGACACCGUCAUCCAUGAGUCUCCCAACCCAUCCGACAAGAAGCAAGAAGACCUCAACCGCACCUAUGUCAUCAUGCGUAGCUUCCUGCGCCAAGCCCAGGCUGAGCUCGAGGACAGACAUGAGAUUUUCGACCGGGAGCGGGCAGAAUUUCGAAAAGCGCAAGAUGCGAAGAACGAACCCGAGUCCAUCACGGCGCUCGACGUGGACCACAUCGCACGCACGCGAGAGCUGACGCAAGCUGUUGCAGAAGCAGAGGAGAACUUCCAGCAGGCAAAACAAGCUGCCUUCCUCGCAGGUGUUGACCUGGACGAGUCUGACUUGGAGUCUGGCUUUGUGGAUCGUGUCGAUGAUGGGUAUCGUAUGAGCCAAGAGGAGGAUCAUGAAGGUGUCAUGGAUCGUGAUUCUGUGCAAAGAUGGCUUGGUCGUGUGGAGCCACAGGAAAAUCCAGAGCAGCCAACUGAAAGUGUCGAGAUUGAUGACUAG